AUGGUCUACCUCGACGGCGGCGCGAUGCUGUACCCGAACUACGCGGGGUGGGAGAGUCUGUCGACGAACCACCUGGAGCGGGGGAGUCACGUGAAGGUGCGGUCGAGGGAGAAGCGGGAGAUGUUCCAGGUGCCGCUCAUGCGCACGGAGGGCGGGGGAAGAGGGCUGCUGGCGGGGAUGCCAGGCGAGGGGCUGCCAGGGCUGGCGGAUUUGCCGGUGUUGAAUCUGACGGGGAGCCUGACGAGUUUAGAGGAGAUUGCGGAGGUGGGGAGGGCAAGACGUGGCGAGUUGCACGCGUGUUGGGAGGAGGGAGAUCCUGGGUGCCGUAUAGAGUCGGAGGGCCCAGCGAAAGCGAACGACACCUCCGUGUCCAAAGUCCUGUAG